UUCCUCCGCAAAAAAAGGAAAAAGGAGUUGUGCCUCUCUUGCAGUAAUGGCCCCAGGAAUCUCAUGGCUUGGAUUUUAUACAGGUCUCCUGUUCGCUUUGCUAGAACUCUGGUUUAUAGAAGGACUCAGCUUGGAACCAAUCUAUUGGAACACCUCGAACAAAAAGUUCCAGAACGAGGAGGGCUACGUUUUGUACCCCCAGAUUGGCGACCGCCUGGACCUCAUCUGCCCUCGCUCUGUGCCGCUGGGCCCCUUCUCCACCGAGGACUAUGAAUAUUACAAGCUGUACCUGGUCCAGACGGAGCAGGCCGAGCGCUGCGAGAUCCUCCGCACCCCCAACCUGCUGCUAACCUGCGACCGGCCCGAGCAAGACAUGCGCUUCACAAUCAAGUUCCAGGAGUACAGCCCCAACCUCUGGGGCCACGAGUUCAAGACCAACCAGGACUAUUACAUCAUCACAACUUCAGAUGGUACCAGGGAAGGGCUCGAGAACAUGAAAGGAGGUGCCUGCCUCUCCAAAGGCAUGAAAGUCGUCUUGAAAGUCGGGCAGCAUCCCAACACGGGCUCCAAAACCCCGAAGUCCGUUCCAGACACGCCUACCGAGAAGGAGCGAGGGACGUCUGGGGCAGCCGAGCCCAGCAAGGAGGUGAACCCAGGACCUCCGACCGGAAACGCCACCGGGAAGGUGGGAGGCGAGAAUGGCCCCCUGCCCCAGUCCAGCGUCCCGAUCAUCGCGGGGGCCGCCGGAGGGGCCGCCUUCGUCCUGCUGGUGGCGGCCGCCGUGACGGGCGCCCUCUGCUACCGCCGCCGCCGGGCCAAGCACAGCGAGUCGCACCACCCUCCGCUGUCGCUCAGCACCCUGACCAGCCCCAAGCGGGGGGGCGGCGGGGGCAACAACAACGGCUCGGAGCCCAGCGACAUCAUCAUCCCGCUCCGGACUUCAGACAGCGCCUUCUGCCCCCACUACGAGAAGGUCAGCGGGGACUACGGCCACCCGGUCUACAUCGUGCAGGAAAUGCCCCCCCAGAGCCCUGCCAACAUCUACUACAAAGUAUGAGGAGGGGUGGGCAGCAUGGCUCCCUCCUGCCGGAGGCUGCGCCCCCCCCAGCCAUCACCACCCCCCCCCCAACGGCGGGGAGGAACCUCGGCACGGACU